AGAAGUCUCAGCGACUUUCCUGGCUGUCGGAAGCUGCGGGCAAGUCCAGGCUGUUGGGAUCCCCGGCGCGAUGCCAUCCCCGUACUCAGUCCGAGCCUUCCCAGUCAGCAUCCCUGCGGUGAUCAUGGAGACAGACUGGACAGAGCCCUGGCUCCUAGGACUCCUCGCCUUCCACCUGCUGUGCCUACUUCUCACGUGCUUCUCCUCACAGAGGUAUAAACUACAGAUCGGGCACUUCCUGUGUCUGGUAGUGUUAGUCUAUUGUGCUGAGUACAUCAACGAGGUGGCUGCGGUGAACUGGAGAUUGUUUGCAAGGUAUCAGUACUUUGACUCGCGGGGAAUGUUCAUUUCUCUCGUGUUCUCAGCACCGCUGCUACUCAACGCCAUGGUCAUCGUGAUUAUGUGGGUACGGAAGACUUUGACUGUGAUGACUGACCUGAAGAACUUACAGGAGAAAAGAAAGGAGAGGAGGAGGAGGAGAAAGGAGGAGUAAUGGAGAACUCCUGCUGUGCACCGUGUCUGUCCUCGGACUCGCUUGUUUCCAGCUGGGAGCUGCUCACGGCCCAGAGGUCUUCUGUCAGCUGACUCGUGAUUUGGAGAAAGGUUCUUACGUCUUAACACACCACAAACGGUUCUUAGAGUUGACUCUGUUUGGAGCCCUCCUAAAGCUGUCUCUUAGAAGAACUAAUGACAAGGACAUCACCCAGAGGCAUGUGGAGUGGGGACCGCUGCUUUGCAUGGUGGGAGCUUUCACAGCACACACAGCUUCUCACAAGCUGCUGGCAGAUGUCACUGUGUAACUAGAGUUCACGAGGCUUUAAGUGUGGGAACCGGGAAAUAAACAGUGACAUCCUGCUGUGACCACCACCGCCCCCUCUUCUGUUACUAGCCUGUAGUGGUGGCUGUCAGCUAAGGGUGGCUUUAUCCCACAGGGACUUCUUGUCACCUCAGGUAGGCAUGGUACUUGUGCCCACAGGAGAGAGCCUAGGAUGCUGAAAUCCUGCAGGGUACAGGACAGCCCCAUCAUGUACUGCUGUGUAUACAGUGUCAGCAGUACCCAGGCUGAGGGGGCAGCGGGGCAAGUCUGGAAAAGAAUGCAGCGUGUUUCAGUUCCCAUGAAGCUAGGCCUCUAAAUAAUUGAGUUGGGGCUAUGCCACUGGAAAUGUUUUGUUUAAAAAUAUUAAGCUAGAAUGAAAGCUGUAAUGUCAAGACUCCGUGGAAAAAAGUAUGUCAAAUGAACCGUUUGGUUUUGUUUUUUCUGGAUACAGAAUUAUAAAUACCUGCAUGCUUGGUGAAUGGCUUAGCUGUUUCUACCCAGACUGUGACAAGUGCAGGCAGUUCUUCCCAAGUAUCACAUCUUGUGCAGUUGGGGGCUGGUGAGCACAGCAGGGUGUAUUGUCACCUGUGCCUCUGUUUUGCUAGACAACCUUGGUUUCUAUGGAAUCUGAAGCAAUAAAUCUGUAGAGACAAGUGACUGAAACCCAGACUCAGAGACAGUAUUUAUUACUGGAAAUACUGUAUACUCUUGGCUUUCGUUUAAAGAAAUAUUAUGAAUUAUUUUCUUUAUUUAAUGGGGUUUUCUUCCUUUCUAAUUGAAACAUCCUUCAAAGUUCUAAACUAAAAUAAAAUCUAGUUAAAAGUAUUUAAAAGGUUAAAAUUAGAUAGUUUGGUAGACUAUGGUUAUGUCCUGAAACCCAGAUAUAUAGUUUUUUUUUGUUUUUUUUGUUUGUUUGUUUUUUUAAUAUUUAUCCAGCUGCAGGCUUUAACAGAAAGCCUGUUGACUGGCUUGUGACAGUCUGAUAAUCCUGUGGUGUGAGUUGUGGCUCCUGCUGCAGCCCUUAACCUGAAUUGUUUCACAGUCUCUUGGUUUGUUCCACUUGACAUGGAACAAAGAAAGUCCCAAAGAAAAUAACAUAGUAUGGGAAGUCAAAAUUUGAAUUUAAAAUCACACUGUUAGGUCAUGGACAUUGUAUCUAAGGAUAUACCUAAUUGUAUGUUUCUGAAAUUUUCUGCUUCGGGGUAUUUGUUUUAUGGUUACAAAGGUGCUUACUAUAACAUUGAUUAGUUUCAUGAACUAUCAUGAAAGAAGAAACGAGUCAGUUAGAUAAAUCUGAGGCAGUCGUGUCGGGCGGGUGUGGAGCUCGCCAACCAGACCCUUUCCCGCAGACCUGUGUCUGAGGCCAGUGGUGCAGACUGGGUCAGAGGGCAGUUGAGCUGUCUGAGUUCUGGCAUGUGCUGGUAUUAAUACCUCAGACUCUGUAACCAUGACAUUGGCUUUUGGGCUCUAGUGCCUUGUCUCUACGUGUGUGGUUGUGGAUGUAUAUGUACUUAGUUCUUGAGAUAAUUAAAUGUUUGUGGUUUUUUUUUUAAACGAAAGUUUUGGAUUAGAGAGAUGGCUCGGUUGGCACUUUGCAUUUAAACUGCAGGCCUGAGUUCGAUCCCCAGACUCACUCAGCAUUUGCUCCCAAGCAGUGCACGCCAGGUACUUCCUUGAUGGAAGGAAGGAGCCAACACUACAAGCUGUCCUCUAUGUACGCACACAAAAUAAAGUGACGCAUUAGUCAUUCCUAACGAAGAACACCUGAAGUUGUCCUCUGGCGUUCACACGUCAUGUGUGCACACUGAUACACAUAUAACAUGCACACAAACAGUUUGUGUUUUCUGAAAUUCACUCAGUGGCUACAAUUACACUUGGAGGAACUUCUUGAUAUUUUGUCCUUAUAUCAAGGAAAACCCUGCAAGCUGGAACUAGGAACAAGCAAGUCACGAUGACGGCCACAGACAGUCAACGUGGGCAUUGUGAACCAGUGGUUAGAGACAGCGCCUUGGAUUCAGUGCCACUCUGAGGACUUUGCAGAUUUGACCAGUGCUGUAUUCACACUUCUGUUAAGGAACGUUUACAGGCAACUGAUGGACAGUGAACACUUGCUUACUGAGUAGUUGUGGAAAGUACUGGAAAGGCCUAAAAUAACCAUUUUAUACCAAUUCCAGCCCAGGAAAUGUCAUGUUUGUUGAUUAUUAUGCAUUAAUAUAUAAUAAAAUAUGUUUGAUAAUA